AAUACAUUUCCUAACCUGAAAUACCUGAAUCGUGGUCGUCAAGUUUAACGAUUAAUAUCUCAGUCCACGGGGCAGGGCACCGAUUUGUUCUGUCAGAUUUGUUUGUUUAUUUCACGCGAAAAUGCGUCGAAUGAGCGUAAUCUCAUAAAAACCGAUGAGGAAGACAGAAUUUUUUAGUAUUACCGAUAAUGCAUUGAUUGGUAUAUUUUUUAUCAAUUUUUGUGAUUGUGUGUGCCAAACUGAACGAAAAUCCACAAUUGAAUGAAGAGCGUUCUGUCAAGGAUUAUUUGGGCUAAACAAGUGGUUACGCGCCGCUAUUUAUGCCUGACGACAAUGGCUAAGAGCAAGUUCGAGUAUGUGAAGGAAUUUGAAAGGGACGAUAACUGUUUGCCAAAUUGCUGGAUUGUAAUUAGAAUAGAUGGCAGGAAUUUCUCGAGAUUUUGUGAUACGCAUCAGUUUGUCAAACCGAAUGAUGUGGCUGCUCUCGAGUUGAUGAAUCGUGCUGCUGUUACUGUUAUGGAGGACUUUAAAGAGAUUAUAUUGGGUUUUGGCCAGAGCGACGAAUAUUCGUUCGUGUUCCGGAAAGAUACACAGCUUUACAAACGCAGAGCAUCAAAAUUGAUGUCUAAUGUGAAUUCAUUAUUUGCUUCGGCAUACGUUUAUCACUGGCCAUGUUUCUUCAGAGGUAAAGAAUUGUAUUAUCCACCGUCGUUUGAUGCUCGUGUUAUAUUAUAUCCAACAGACAAGAAUUUAAGGGAUUAUCUAGCUUGGCGACAGGCUGACGUACACAUCAAUAACUUAUAUAACACUUGUUUUUGGAAUCUUAUUUUGAAAGGAAAAUUAACUCCAAGUCAGGCUGAGGAAAAACUUAGGGGCACACUGGCAUCGCAUAAAAACGAAUUGCUUUUUCAAGAAUUUGGUAUAAACUAUAAUAAUGAACCACCAUUGUUUCGAAAGGGUACAACACUUAUUCGGAAAUUGGUACCCGACAGUACAGGAAGAUUGAAACCUACUAUAGUUCCUUUAGUAGAUGAUAUUAUCGGUGACCGUUUUUGGAAAGAGAAUCCUGAAGUCAUUGGUUUGAAAAGUUUAGCAACUUAUCAACCACCAAGUUUAACGAAUAGCUUUAAGAGUACAAUGCCCUUGCCUACUCCUUCUUCACCUACUACAGUGAAACUUGAGAACAACGUACCCCCAUCUUUAUCACAAGUGAUAAAUUCAGUCAAUGAAGAAAUGCAUUCUAAUAGAAGCAGAGAAACAAAUGGAAAUCAAAUGCAGUGUGAGAGUAAACGUAUUUGUAGGAAAUAACGUAUUUGUACCUACUUUGUUCUUUUGUACACAAUAAAGUUGAAUUGGAAUUGUACCUAUACGUGAUAGUAACAUACUGCAAGUAUAUUGCAAGGGGAAAAAUCCUGAGAAUCAAAUAGAAGAAUACAUCAUAAAGGAUGAACA